UUCUUUGAGAAUGCGUUCCAAUUUGACAAAAGAAUCUGCUUAACGUUUAGCUGCUGCCACACAGAUCCUGGAACUGCACCUACCUUUUCAUAUUCUUUACUUGAUCCUUUACACUUUACCCUGUUGCUCCUUCUUUGGUCCUCUUCUGAUAAAUUAUCUUGUUCUGUGAUAAUAACCGAUAACAAAUUUGUUCAUGGAAAAUAAUGAUCAUGAAUCUUGGAGUUCUGCACAUAUCUACAAGUCUCAAUGGCUUCAAACAACCAUAUCAGAUUUGGAUGAGAAAUUGGAAGCCAUGAUGACCAUUUUAGAGGGUGGCAGCAACUCUCCAAACCACGAACACAGAGAUUAUAAAUGGAGAGAAGACUUCAUGUGCAUGCUUGAAGAAUUUGGCCAGUCUUACCGCGCUUUAGCAAUAGCACAUAACCAACUCAAGUGCAAAAUAUCUGAUGGUACCUAUAAAACCUCUGAAAAUGAUGUCUUUCAUUCAAGAUCUUUAUUAUCUUCUGGUAUAUCAAAAUCUCCCCUAAAGGGUUCUGAUAUCAAUUUUGAUUGUCCCAAUACAAAUUCUGUAUCAAAUAAGCAAGAAGGUGAAUACCAUGAGUUUUUAUCAGCUGACUCAUGCAGCAUGAAACUUAAACCAGAGCUUGAAGGUAGAGACACUGAAACAGAAGAAGGAAUGACUGAUCUCUCUAUCAAUAGAAAUGAUUCUAUGAAGAUUGGUGAUUCGGAAAUAAACCUCGAAGAUCCAUCAAUGGUGGAAUUUAAAUGCGACAAUAAGUGGUCGGCAAUGGAGUUUCAAAUUGCGAAGCUUACAAAAGAUAAUGUGAACCAAUUUAUAGAGUUGGCCAGAAGAAAUGACGAAAAGAGAGAAACCAUAAGAAGGCUUCACUUGGAGGUGGAAGAUUUGAAGCGUAAGAACAGGGUCCUGCUGUUUUCUUCAAGGUACUCCAAUGCUAAUUUAGAACGCCAUGAAGCGUGGAUAUCAAACCCAGGAGGAAGUAACAUAGGCAAACUCUUCAGAGGUUGCUCUCCAUGAUGUUUUUGUAGAAUUCAUGAAACAAACUCUUGUGCAUAAAUCUUGAAUAACUAUAAAGAUAUACUUAGUCAUAUAAUAAGCGAAUAAGCACCUGUGGAACUGAGGAUAAAUUUAGAGGCAUGAUUUUUGUUUUUCAAUCUCAAUUAUUUAUGAUGUUCACAAGUAAAGAUUUCAUCUAUAUCAUAUGCAAUUCAAUAUCAUUUAAGAGGACUAAUCUGUUGCUGCAUGCAGAAGGCGGGAUUCAAACGCCCGACACUUGCUUAAACGAACAAGUGAGCUAACCACUCGACCAACCCAAAUUGGUUUUAAGCUCAUUUUAUUUAUCAUUAAUUAUGUAGAUAAAUAAUUAUA